AAAACUUUCUGCAACUCUGUACACCCCUAUAUCCUUUGUGAUAUUGAUGUUGGUAUUGUCCAAGAUGGCUCCUGUCCCGACUAGAGUUUUGUUGCGAAUGGUCCAGAAUUUCGGAAGAAAAUACACCACAAAUGUCAACACCAGACUUCCAGAGUAUGUGAAAAUUGUUGAAGUUGGACCAAGGGACGGCUUACAGAAUGAGAAGGAGAUUGUGCCCACAUCUGUGAAGGUAGACCUGAUCAACAGACUGUCUGAGACGGGACUUCCCGUGAUCGAGGCCACCAGCUUCGUGUCCCCCAAGUGGGUUCCACAGAUGGGGGACCACACGGACGUGAUGAGGGACAUCAGGAGACACCCCGGGGUGAACUAUCCCGUCCUCACACCCAACCUCAAGGGCUUCCAGUCCGCUAUUGCAGUAGGUGCUAAAGAAGUGGCCAUAUUUGGGGCAGCCUCAGAGUCCUUUUCAAAAAAAAAUAUCAACUGUAGCAUUGAAGAGAGUUUGAAAAGAUUUGAUGAAGUCAUGAAAGCAGCGAGAGAAGCCAACAUUCCCGUCCGAGCGUAUGUGUCCUGUGUGUUGGGAUGUCCUUAUGAAGGGAAGAUAGCACCAGCGGCAGUAGCCGAGGUUGCGAGUAAGAUGUAUGCCAUGGGUUGUUACGAGAUUUCCCUGGGGGACACCAUCGGGGUGGGGACGCCCGGCGGGAUGCAGGACAUGCUGCGGGCUGUGACGAAGGAGGUGCCUGUCGACGCGCUCGCCGUUCACUGUCACGACACGUACGGACAGGCACUCGCCAACAUACUCACCGCGCUACAGAUGGGGGUGAGCGUGGUGGACUCCUCUGUAGCUGGUCUCGGGGGAUGUCCGUACGCGAAGGGAGCAUCAGGCAACGUGGCAACCGAAGAUGUCGUCUACAUGCUACAUGGGCUAGGGAUCAAAACGGGAGUGGACCUGGACAAGCUGACCAGUGUGGGGAGUUUCAUCUCAGCUGCUCUCGGCAGGAGAACUAGCUCGAAAGUGGCUCAAGCCAUGAGCAAACUGUAGCCAUGGUAACCAGCCACACCCUUACCAUGGCAACCAACAUCAUCCUCAUUAUGGCAACCAGCCACAUCCUCAUCAUGCGGACUUCCUCCAUGGAAAUGAGAGAAAUGAUCUAUUCAAUGUACACUAAGGGGUUGUUGCAAGAAAAAUAAGAUGAAGAAGAUCAACAGUGAAUCAUUCUUAUCCAUGAAAAUUUUUAAAUGAAAUAUGAAGCUUCAAGAUAGUGUUCAAUACAUCUUGCCCGUGUCAUUUUGUUUUCUUUGACAAAUAUACGUACAAGAGAACUCAUAAGACGUGAUGCUAACAUAUGAAUAUGUUGCUUUGUGUUUUUUUUCAGUCUGUUGACAUCUUUUUCUUUACAUGAACUGUGAAUCCGGCUUUAUCAUUUAUUGAUCAUAACAUGACCACUAUAUUUGCCUGUUGUACCUUCAGCCAAUAGUUGUUGAUAUAGAUAGAAAGAAGUAGGUAAUAAAUAUGUGGUCAUGGUGCCAGUUUAUUUAUGUUUCAAACACUCACAAUAAAUCAUGAUUGAAAUGCUUGUGAAUUACACACAAACACAGAUA